AUGGGAACCUACACCUGCAUCCUGGGAGGCUACACCUGCAUCCGUGGAGGCUACACCUGCAUCCUUGGAGGCUACACCUGCAUCCUUGGAGGCUACACCUGCAUCCGUGGAGGCUACACCUGCAUCCUUGGAGGCUACACCUGCAUCCUUGGAGGCUACACCUGCAUCCUUGGAGGCUACACCUGCAUCCUUGGAGGCUACACCUGCAUCCUUGGAGGCUACACCUGCAUCCUUGGAGCCUACACCUGCAUCCUGGGAGCCUACACCUGCAUCCUGGGAGCCUACACCUGCGUCCUGGGAGCCUACACCUGCAUCCUGGCCAACUACUGUUGUACAAUUCAGAGUACUUAA